GUACCCUAAUGACAGAAUAGCAGCUUCCAUGUCCAGCAGACGUCACGACAAAGGUCAAGGGUCGAAGCUUUGCGGAUAACCGUGUGAACUCUGAUUGAAGUCAAUCAAAGAAUUUCGAUUUGGUAUUGGUAUUCAUUCUCCUAACACAAUGGGGAAUAAGCAUUCAUGUAGCUGCUUACGAAGCUGUCACAAGAACCCAACCAGACGGGCACACAGGACAUCUUCACAAGAAAUAGAGCGAUAUGAACCGUCCCCUGAAGAUAUUGAUGUGGAUGAGAGAUCCAAUCUCCAGCACAUUGGUGACAGAGAGACAGGAAUUGAAGAGGAUGUGUUGGAUCCAUCUGUACACCCGAGAACGAGCACCAUUUUCCUCACCAAAGCAGAGUCAUUAGAGGUAACACAAGACAGAAGAAACCACCACAAUGACAGCAGGCUGAGUUCAGUCAGUAAGAAGUUCAGUUCAUGUUCAACCAUCUUUCUAGAUGACAGCACAGUAUCACAACCGAACCUCAAGUCUACGAUACGAUGUGUGGCAUUGGCAAUAUACUACCAUAUAAAGAAUAGAGACAGUAGCAGACAAAUGGAUAUCUUUGAUGAAAAGCAGUACCCACUAUCAAAAACUCCAGUACCAGAGGAUUACGACAAACACAAUCCAGAACACAGGCAUAUCUACAAGUUUAUUCGCAUGUUAUUCAAUGCAGCUCAGCUCACAGCAGAAUGUGCAAUAGUUACAUUAGUGUAUUUAGAGAGAUUAUUAACAUAUGCUGAAAUCAACAUCACGCCUAGCAACUGGAAACGAAUGGUCCUUGGUGCUAUCCUCCUAGCUUCCAAAGUAUGGGAUGACCAAGCAGUCUGGAAUGUAGACUACUGUCAAAUUCUAAGAGAAUUAACAGUAGAAGAUAUGAAUGAAUUGGAACGACAGUUCCUAGAACUUCUUCAAUUCAACAUCAACGUGUCAGCCAGUGUAUAUGCUAAGUACUACUUUGACCUCCGAGAACUCGCUGACACCCACGAACUUGCCUUCCCACUCGAACCACUCAGUACAGAAAGAGCCCUGAAACUAGAGGUAUUCUCCAAACCAACUGAUGACAAGCCUAGAGACUUCCCACCCCACACCAGUGUAAAGAGAUCACGGAGUGCAGACAGUAUCCAAGUAGUGCCUCGAUUCUCAAACGCCAUCAUCUCAUGAUGAAGGCUUGCAUCUCACGGAGUCUGUCAUCAUGGCGAUUGGCGUCGUCAUCACAUGAUCAGCUUGGCCAUCAUCUGAUGAGUUCUGUCAUCAUGCUGUGAUCGGCAAUGGUGGCGGUGUCCAGUGAAGAGCGCCCUCAUUCAUCGUUGAGCGCUAUCAUCCUUGUGAAGUGAGUCCUCUUUGAGUGAAGACGACUGUCGUCUUGAGACAGAGGCCUUCAGCUCAUCGUGAUAUUUGAUAUAUGAUGAAUGUCCAUUUUUUUUAAAUCAACGAACCAAAGCCAAAUCUUUAUUUAUUUAUGAAUACAAAUGGUAGCGCACCUCAGAGAAUAGACUGCAUGAAGCAUAGAUUAUUUUUAAAAAAGGGACCAAAGAUUUCCCUCAUGUUUCAUUUACUUACCAUGAAUCGGGUUCCAUUUAUCAUUUGCAAGGUUCACGUAAAAGUCUGUAAUCUUAAUUUCAGCUAGUGGUUUUGUGUGAUGUUGUGAUGAAGGUCUGAAUUGUCAGACACACUUUGACGCAAUUAACUUCAAGGUUUUUUGCCAGCUGUCGUUACAACGACUGCAUGGUCAUCUUGUAAUUUGAAACUGGUUUGGAAUUGAUAUGUAAAUCUCUAUGAACUGUUUAGACGAAUGGUUUCUCACAGCAAUCAUUCAUGUACAUGCUGCAUUUUGAUAUUCAGAUUUUUAGUUACAUAGUCUACAGAAACGAAUGACAUACAUGUAGUUAUGAAUCAUGAAGAGUAACAUUUUGGUUGUACGACAUAUGCUCCGCCGACAAUUGCUCUGCAGUCAAUAUUCAUAACUGAGCAAAUUCUAAACAGCAACACUUGACCUUACCCUCUCCUACCCCUACAUCUAUUCUAAAAUUCUUUGCAACUCCAACCGGAACCCUCCAUCUUAGAGGAACUAUAUCUAGAGCAGUUGUCGUUAUAGCAUUUGUUGGAGCCCCACUAUUACGUGUAAUAUCUCCACCUCAUCUUUGUAAAGUGGGAGGGUAUCAUUCUUUGUCAAGGCAAUAUUUCAGGCAGUGUUUAGUUUUCAGCGUUAAAUUUGAAUUCCAUUCAAAAAUAUUUAGGUGUGAAAUUCCUCUACCUCUUUGAAUUCCCACCCUGUAUAUUGCAUGUUUAGACUUAUCCUGUCUCCUGUAACAUCACAUUUGUAUGAAGUACUUCACCAAACACUGUAUUUGUAAGUCCCUUUGAAUUCUUCACUUCUAUUUAUUUAUACAUAGUACAUGUAAGGUAUGUUCUGGACAUUGAAAGACCUCUUUGAAAUGAGGUUUUCACCAGGUUUAUUAAGAUUAAGUGAAAAAAAUCUCCUCUUGUUAUUGUAUCUUCACCACUUACACUCUAUAUUCACUGGACCAUUUUCUCUGUAUUCUUUGUUAACUGAUGAAAUUGGAUCACUGCAGGAGACAAAUGUAUGUGUACACUUAAUGUAUCUAUUGCACCUACUGCAAAUCAUUGGCAGUUGAAACAGAAUUUUGUCAAUUUUCAAAGAAACUAAAUCUUCAAUUUAAACCAGUGCUUAUUAAGAGCCUGCUUGGACUAUAUGAAAUUUAUACAAAACUUGUAUGAAGAAACGUAACAUAAAGAAUCAUUGUGUAGGGAAGGAAUGUGAAGACUAGAAAACAACAGCAUUUAAAGAAACUGGUUUUGAAGAGGUGAGUUGACAGGACGUCUGGCCAAUUAUCAUAACGUGAUCACGAUAAGCCCUGCCCGCUUAUACCACUUUUGUAUGAUAAGACAUUCAGAGUAUAACAGACUCUGAUUCUUUAUCACGGUUUCUUUCGAGCUGAUACACGAACAUGUGUUUCACUCUACAGCAUUUUGUUCAGCAAUGUUUCUUUAUACAAUGUACAGACUAGGCAAAAAGUAAUAAAUUAUCGCGUAUAAUUAUUGUAUACAUGUAGCUAUGCAAUGAAUUCUGAUGGUUUAUGUGAUAUCUGUGGCAUUCAUUCAAGACUUCCUAUGCUGCAUAGCUGUCAAAGCUAUUGCCAAAUGCAUGAUAUUAUAUGUACAAUUUUCAUGAAUUGUCCAAAUUUCUACAUUUUAUUUAUUAGUUGUCACAGCAACUGAAGAAUCUGACUGUAUAUCAGCAAGUUUUAGAACUAAGAAAUUUAAACAAAUUUCAAAUAUCUGUGUAUGUCACAAUGCCUGCAAGUCAAUACACUGUACAUACUUUGCAUUAAGGUAUUAAAACAUGAUCUCAAUACUCUACCUAAUAAUAUCAUGUGUGUCUUCGCCAAUGGAUUAAAGUUGCUUUAUUUUGUAUUUGUUAUAUACACCUAUAGGUGUACAAAAGGAUUCUCCCAAAGAUUGCUUUGAAAUGUCUUUAAUUUUUUGAAACCUCACAUGUUGUCUUGAAUAUUCCUUUGUCAGAUGCAGUACAAAAGAAAAAUCAUUUCCUUUUGAUCUUGAUCAUUUUGAGAGAUAAAAUGGUCUUAAAAGACACAGGUGAUGUAUGAUUCACGAAGAUAUAGUAGAGAUUUUGUAGUUGAGUGGUCUAAUCACUUGACCUGGAAUACAAAGGUCACAAGUUUGAUCCCCAGCAUAGCACCUGUGUCCUUGAGCAAGGCACUUUAUCUAUGUUGCUCCUCUCCACCCAGGUGUUUAAUAGGUACCCGUUAGGAUACAAACGUUGGUGUGAUUGAAUUAGCAUGUACUUGCUUGACAAAAGGGUGACUGACUGACUGGAAUGCUCCCCAGGGAGUGGAAAGUGUGCACUGUAACUAAAUUGCAGGAUCGUAACAGAAACCAAGGACAGAGGCAAGCGCUUUGGACUGUUACGCUGUAACUCGUAAAGUGCUUUAUAAUAACAGUCAUUACCGGUAUUAUUAUUAUCACAAUAUGGAAUGUUGAUUUUUCAGCCAGUUUCUCUGAUCAUGGAAUUCCAUUGCAAAAUUUUUAAGGAAUAUGACAUUAAAUAAGGAUGUAAAAUUUCAAUCACUGUUUUGAGGUGAAUAAGAUGAAUUGUCACAAGAAGAGGAACUGAGUGGACAUAAUCGUUAUUAUUUAAAGAGGUAAGAAUAUAUUUCCAUUUCUUUUAAAGUUGUAUUCAUGCUUAAUAUUAGCAUCAUGCUGGAAUUGCUCUGAAAUUCGAUUUUGUUAAUGCAGUACUCAUACGGUUGUUUGUACAACUGUUGCAUAGCAUAGAUGUGCAAGAUGCCCUUUAACUAAUUUUUUUCAUUACUUUGAAGGUAGAUAGAAAAUUGAUUAAAGUUUGCUAGAAAUUUUAAAGCAGAAUUCAUCAUGAGUAUAAUGUAGGAUUUCAAAUGACUUUUAAGUGUAAUUAAAUUUUAAUUUUAAUUGUAAUUGUAAAAUGUUUACAGGCCGUUUUUUUAAAACCCGAAUGACUUUGUUUUGACAAAAAUAACUAAAAGGACAGCAUCAUGUUACAUGUGUGUGAAAUAAAAAUUAAGACAAAAAAAGUUCUUGCCACAAUUA